UUUCCCGAGGGCUUUAUGUUCGGGGCCUCUUCUGCCGCCUACCAGGUCGAGGGAGCCUGGAACACCAGUGGCAAGGGAGAGAGCAUCUGGGACCGGCUGGUCCACACAAACCCGCAGUGCAUCGCCAACCACGACACGGGAGACGUGGCCUGCGACUCCUACCACAAGUACCAGGAGGACGUGAAGGCGCUCAAGACAAUCGGGCUCGGAUACUACCGUUUUUCCAUCUCUUGGGCGAGAGUGCUGCCUACAGGAGACAUCACAAACGUCAACCAAGAUGGCGUCAACUACUACAACAACCUCAUCAACGAGCUACUCGCCAACAACAUCCAACCGCUAGUUACCAUGUACCACUGGGAUCUUCCACAGCGGCUUCAAGACCUUGGUGGGAUGGCUAACAACGCCUUCGUCGACUAUUUCGAGGAUUACGCUUACUUCUUGUUCACAACAUUUGGCGACAGGGUGAGGUGGUGGAUCACCUUCAACGAGCCGCUGUCCCUGGUGAGUGGCUACAUGGGCGGCUGCUUCCCGCCCCGAGUGAACGCCAGCGGCGUGGGGCCGUACCUGGUGGGCCACAACCUGCUGAAGGCGCACGCCCGCGCCUACCACGUGUACGACGAGCAGUUCAGGAGCAAGCAGCGAGGGACCUGGCUGGGCUGGUUCGCUCACCCCAUCUUCAGCUCCCAGGGCGACUACCCCGCCCUCAUGAAGGAGAGGAUUGCCAACCUCAGCAAAGCAGAGGGACGUCGCAGGUCCAGGCUGCCAACCUUCAGUCAAGCGUGGAUCGACCUCAUCAGAGGGUCGGCGGACUUCUUCGGCCUGAACGUGUACACGGCGAAGGUGGUCAGCGCGUACACGCCGUUUGCGAUGCGCGGGUUGCUCAACUGGGUGCACAAGGAGUACCGCAACUACCCCAUCCUGGUGACUGAGAACGGCUGGACCGACAAUGGGGAAAGAAACGACACCAUGAGGAUACGAUACUACGCGAACUACCUGGCUUCGCUGCUGGACGCUGUCCACAUUGACAAGAUCAACGUCAUUGGCCACGUCGCCUGGGCCAUCACCGACAACUUCGAAUGGGCGUACGCCUUCACGGCGAAGUUUGGGCUUUACAGCGUUGACUUCAACGACCCCGAGAGAACAAGAACAGCCAAAUAUUCCGCAUCAGUAUACGCUUCAAUGAUUAAAAAUUUGGAAGUUCCAAGCGAAUAUUUAGACAAAUCGCCCAAGAUGCGCGCGCCUCAGCUGCUACUGCUGCUGUUGGCCUUCGGCCGCAGCCAAGCGGCCAGAAACACCACCUUCCCUGAGGGCUUCCUGUUCGGGGCGGCCACCGCGGCCUACCAGGUGGAGGGCGCCUGGAACACCAGCGGUCAGUGCCUCCAGCCUCUUCCUCUGUGGCUAAUGCUACAAUACCGUGAGUGUAUUGCAGGCAAAGGAGAACAUAUCUGGGACAGGAUGGUUCACACCAGGCCUAACUGCAUUGCUGACCGCACUUCAGGAGACGUAGCGGCCGACUCCUACCACAAGUACAAGGAAGACGUCAAACUGCUGAAGGAUGUGGGGUUCAACUUCUAUCGGUUCUCCAUCUCUUGGGCCAGAAUCCUGCCCAAAGGAGACGUGUCUGUUAUCAACAAAGAUGGUAUCGACUACUACAACAACCUCAUCAACGAACUACUGGCGAACAACAUCCAGCCUGUGGUCACGAUGUACCACUGGGACUUACCACAACACUUGCAAGACCUUGGAGGACUUGUCGGUUCCGCCUUUGGCGACUACUUUGAAGAUUACGCUCGUGUUCUCUACACCAACUUCGGUGACAGGGUGAAGUGGUGGGUGACGUUCAACGAGCCGCUUACCUUCGUAGACGGCUACACCAGCCACGGCUGUGUCCCUCCGGCGGUGGAUGCCCCAGGAGUGGGCGACUACCUGGUGGCACACAGCAUCCUCAAGGCCCACGCCAGGGCCUACCGCCUAUACGACCGAGAGUUCAGGAGCGAGCAGAAGGGCAAGGUCAGCAUAACUCUUAGUGCUGGAUACGCUCAACCGAAAACUAAUUCCAGUGCCGACAUAGAAGCAACAGAUAUCUACAUGCAGUUCACUCUGGGAUGGUUCGCGCACCCGAUCUACAGCCAGGAGGGAGACUAUCCCGCCGUCAUGAAGGAGAGAGUCGCCAACAACAGCAAGGCAGAGGGCUUGUUCAGAUCCAGACUGCCGGAGUUCGGCGAGUACUGGGUCAACUACAUCCGAGGCACCGCGGACUUCUUCGGCCUCAACUACUACUCCUCGUGGGUGGUCAGUCACGUGGGCUCGUCUCUGGACAGGGCGAGCCGGUGGAGCGACAUGGACGUGAUGUCGUCACAAGACCCCGGCUGGACAGUGUCCGUCGCCACCUGGCUGGCGUACACGCCAUUCGGUAUGAGGGGUCUUCUCUCCUGGGUGUCCAAGAACUACAACAACACACCCAUACUGAUCACAGAGAACGGUUGGGCCGACACGGGAGAGAUCAAUGACACCAUGAGAGCCAAAUACUAUGUGAACAACUUGGCCUAUCUCUUGGAUGCCAUUUACUUGGACAACGUCACAGUUCUGGGGCACACUGCAUGGAGCAUCAUCGACAACUUCGAGUGGGCACAGGGAUACACACAAAGAUUUGGGUUGCAUCAUAUCGACUUCAACGAUCCCCAGCGACCAAGAACCCCCAAGGAGUCUGCUAGAGUGUUCGCGGCGCUUAUUAAGAACAGGAAGCUCCCUGAGAAUUAUCUGGAUAAAGUUAUAGAGUAACAUUUCUAUAGAUAGCUACAGCAUGCAAUAUCUACAAAUAUCUCACGGAUGUAAAAGCAAGU